AUGGCCUCCAUUCGCGCCAAUUGCCGCAAGGUCAUGUGCAUCGGCCGUAACUACGCCGACCACAUCACCGAGUUGAACAACACUAAGCCCAAACAGCCUUUCUUCUUCCUCAAACCCUCCUCGUCCAUCCUCAUCCCCGGCGCUGGUCCCGUUCUCCGCCCCAAGGGUGUCAGCCUGCACUAUGAAGUCGAAUUGGGUCUGGUCAUCGGCAAGACCCUCCGGGAUUUAGACCCGGAGGACAAGCAAGGUGCUUUGGAUGCUAUCCAGAGCUAUGUCCUCGCCAUUGACAUGACCGCCCGCAACGUCCAAGACGAAGCCAAGAAGAAGGGUCUCCCCUGGUCCAUCGCUAAGGGCUUCGACACCUUCCUGCCUAUUUCGCAAGAGAUUGCCAAAUCGCGCAUCCCGAAUCCCCACGAUGCCUUCCUGCGCCUCAGCGUCGGAAACACCGAACGCCAAGCCGACUCGACUAGCCUCAUGCUGUACCAGAUCCACCACCAGCUGGCUCAGAUCUCGCGCGUCAUGACCCUGGAGAAGGGCGAUAUUGUCCUGACUGGCACCCCCAAGGGAGUGGGUCAGGUUCGGGCGGGUGAUGUGAUGCGGGCCUCGAUUGAGGUGGAUGGCAAGGAGAUUGAGGAGGGACGCAUUGAGGUGGAGGUGCAAGACCGAGAGGGUCGAUACGAGUUUAAGGAGACCUGA